UACAGUCAACGGGCAGAUCAAACGAAGGACUGAGACAAUGGAACCAGCGGGAUGACGUUCCGACUCCGUACCAGCAGGGGGAGGUAGAUCACCGGAACGUUGUGUGCCACCCGCCAUUAAACCACCCCGGAGGAAGAAGAAGAAGUGGCGCGCAGAUUUGAAAAACAAAGAUGGCGGCUCGAGCCGUUCUGCGGCGCUGUGACCCCGCCCUGCUGGAGCCGGCCGGAGACCCGGACCGGGACCGGGACGCAGAGAGGAUGCUGCUCUCCCUGUCGGACAGCCGGCGGGUCCAGAAGGUUCUGUGGCGGCAGCUGUUCGUCCUGGACUCCAUGAUGACGUCACUGGAAAGUCUGGAAUCUGCGCAGCAGCUGCAGAUGGAGCCACGCCCCCCCCAGACAGAGGGCGGGGCCAAGGCCAGCUGGAAGGCUCUGAAGGCGGGCGGCGUGGCGGCGGUGGAGCAGACAGAGGAGCUGCUGACGGCCCUGCAGGACCGCCUCCAGCAGAUCUACCACAGAAGACACGCCCUCUCCCAGCUGCUGCAGAGGCUGCACACUCAGGUGCAGCAUCAGGACCAGUUGCAGGCAGAGCUGCUGGCGGCCCAGAAUGCUUUGCGCUCCUGUGACCAGCAUGUGACCCGGCUCAGGGCGGAGUCAGAGGCGGUGCUUAGUCGGCUGCUUGACUGGCAGCAGCUGAGAGACAGCCUGCAGCUACUCGGAACGGCGGUGCAGGAGGUCACGCAGGUCAACCUGCUCUCCUUCAACCAAUCAGAGCUUUGCGUGGAGUUCAGGCCACGCCCCCCCUCCACCAUGUCAGCCCAGCAGCUUGAGCCUGUGGGGUUAACGGUCACCUGGAGCUCCGAGGGCUUCAGCCUGCAGGUGGACGAGAGCAUGGCCGGCCUGGUGGGCAGCUGCGUGACCGGCCGGCGUGCGGAGCUGAGCGCCGCCCUGCUGGAUGUCCUGCAGAGUUACGUGGGGCAGGUGGAGCUUCUGUCUGAGAUCCAGAGCCUGAGGUCCAGCUUUGCCAUCGACUGGCGCCCAGCUCAGCGCCUGCUGCUCUACCUGAAGACGGCCUCGCUGGUGUGUCACCUGCACGUGGAAGAGGGAUAUCCCGGAGGGGGGCGGGCUCGGCUGCUGUCGGUGCAGCGGGAUGGACAGCCGGUGGACGCCAACAGCCUGCAGCCCCACAGAGAAGAUCCGAGUCUGACGGAGUGGCUGGUCCUCCUCUGCAGCAGCCCCGCCCUCUGACCCCGCCCUCCUGGACACCGCGCCUCCAGCAUCCUCGCCCUCUGACCCGCCCUCCUAGACACCGCGCCUCCAGCAGCCCCGCCUUCCUGGACACCGCGCCUCCAGCAGCCCCGCCCUCUGACCCUGCCCUCCUGGACACCGCGCCUCCUUCCUCCAGCAGGGGUCAUCCUGGCCUCCUGAGUGUCAAUAAAGUUUUCUAGUUUUCCUGAAUGUGACGACUCUCUUAUGAAAAGCUUCAAACGGAACCGCAGAUUCAUUCAGAUUAAAGUAAAGAUUUCAACAAAAAUGACGGAAAGCUGCAGCUUAGAAUGCAGAGAAAGAUGGAAACGGGAAGUCAGUGAUCCAGAUCAGUCUGAUCCAGAUCAGUCUGAUCCGGAUCAGUCUGAUCUAGUAUUUCAAACCCGAGCUCCUCUCUCCCAUCCUCCAUAUUUUACAUGAAUUCCAGAACCACUCUUGGGGGGGGGGGCUCAAGGCUAAGGUGUAAAUUUAAACUUGGGACAUUUUAAGUGGCCUGAUUACCAUAGCUCUGUAAGUAGAACUUACCCAGAAUGCCUUGCUGAUCCAGACAUGAAUCUCAUAGUAGACAAUUUAAAUAAAUAUUCCAGAUUUAGCAUUAGAAAUACCAGAUCAGGAAAUUCAUCAAUGUAAUGAAAGAUACGAAUCAAUCCACACUCUAUUUCUGCUCCAAUUCCAGAACAAGGAGUUGAAAUGUGGAAUGAUCUACAGCAGGAGUCAGCAACGUUUACGACCUGAAGUGCCGAUUCAAAAGAUUCUCCUUAACCACUGAGCCUUCACCAACCGUGAUGUGAGCUCUGUGGUCGUUCACCUUUCCUGUCAGGGAUCGAUACAGCCAAUCAGCUUCCACCGAUUCACACAGGUACGGAGAUCAAGUUAUGCAGCAGCAUGAAGGGUCUUGUCCGGACCACCACUGGAUUUUAGCUCAGCGAACCCAACCCAGAUCCUACAGCAGCCAGCUGAGCUAUGCAGCCACGUCUACCUGUAACGCAGACUUUAAUGCACAAAGAUUCAAUAUUCUGGAAAAAAAAUGAAAUUCACAAACAAAUUAGCUCAAAAUUGUGCUUUCAUAAUAAUAUUUCACAAAGAAGAUGUUUCAAAUAGUGCUGCAACGAUGUUUGUUUGAAACCAGAAGUACUGCAUUUGGGAUUCAUUCUAACAGCAGCAGCAUUGGAGA